UUGAUGUCUGUUUGUUUCUCUGACAGAUUCUGUUGUUCAACUACCUGGUUUCCUCAAUGGAGGUGUUCUUCAUCAACUCCACCUUGCUCUUCAUUUCCCUAAGACCUGCAAAUAACAAUGUUGAAGAUAUGACGGUGUAUGAGGGCUGCAAAGACAUGCCAGCUGUCAUCAUCUGCUACUUAGGCCUGCAGUUUAUAAACAUGUUCCUGGGUAUCCCUGCAAACAUCAUGGUUCUGUGGCUUAUCCACAAGAACAGAGGUGACUCAUCUACAUCUGAUAUCUUCAUCCUUCACCUGGCGGUGCUAGAUGUUUUUUUCUGUCUAAUCCCUCCUCUAGAACUGGCAAACAUUGUCUACUUGACCACCAGCAGCACGUGGUAUGUGGUGCGCUUCUUCUACGGUGUCAAAGAUUCCUCCCCGCUCUUCCUCUCUUGCAUCUGCCUUGACCGCUACAUGGCCGUGCUCCAUCCAAUCACCUUCACCGAGCUCAAGGACCACCGCCACCGAACAGUCCUGGUCUCUGUGGUGUGGCUGGUCACACUGGCCUAUGCAGCUGCGAAGUGUGUGGGCAACAUUGUCAACUUCGAAAAGGUCUUCACGGUUAUGAUCCUUGCCUCAUUUGCCUUCAUGGUGUUCUGUAACAUCGCAAUCCUCUGGGCACUCAAGCAGUCUGGACCCGGCCGGGAUGAGAUGCACCCUGUGAAGAAGAGGGCAUUCAAAAUGGUUGUCAUUAUCUUGGCUAUCAUAGUUUUUAAUUAUUUUCCACCUGUAGCACUGUUUCCAUUCCAGCACUACUUCUCUCCCGAUGUGUUUCGAUGCUAUAUUCACUACCUGGCGUUCGGCUUGAUGGACUUCAGCAGCAGCAUUCAGCCUGUGCUGUAUCUAUCCAAGGAAAAGCUGCAGUGGAAACCUGGCCCCUGUUGUCAGUCUGACAAUGCUGAGUAGCACUAACUCAAAUGGAGU